CUUUUGAUGUUGAGUCUAGCGACUCGAACUUCUAGAAGUUGGCAACACUGGUCCGGUCUGUGGCAGAGGUCUGUGGGCGUGAUGACAAGUUGAAUUUGACAUGACAUCUGUAAAUUUUUGUUGCUGGCUGCUCGCUCAUGAUAGAGCGUUUUUGCAACAAUUUGUCUGGAAACGCUGUUGUUACCUACCGAGUUAAUUCAACUUUAUUGCUACCUUGUGUUUUAAAUCGGACCUUUGAAAAUGGAACUAUCAGCUGAAGGAAAGACUCCGGAAUACAUGGCGUUGGCAGGUAUCAAAUUCAAGCUGAGCCUGCCUCAAUUCAAAGAUAACUCUCAGCUGAAAGAGCAACUUUUACAAGGAAUCAAAGUUGGAAAUAUGGCUCCAUAUUAUAAAGAAGUGUGUACUGAUUUGGGUUGGUCAUUUGACCAGAAAUUGUAUGACUCCAUGGCAAAAGAAAAUGUAGAUAGACUGUCCAAGUUUCAAGAAGAUGAUUCAGAGACUCCAGUAUGGCAAGAUAGGUUAGAUUACCUCUGCUCCAUUGGAGAUAAAGAAUCUGCUACUGCUCUUGCAACUACCAAAUAUGAGGACACCACUCUUACCACAAAUAGAAGGCUUGAUGCUAUAUUUGCUAUGUUCCGUAUUGCUUACUUCCAUGGAUGUAAUGUUAAGGAAAUGGGAAAAGCAAUCAACAAGGCACAUGAAUUAGUAGACAAAGGUGGUGACUGGCGCUCAAGAAAUAAACUUAAGGCAUAUGAGGCAAUCUACUGUCUUGCAGUUAGAGACUACAGUCGUGCUGCUGACCUCUUCAUAGACUGUGUAUCAACUUUCGAGUCAUAUGAACUGGUUGAUUUUGGAACAAUAAUUCAGUAUUGCGUGCUAGCAUGUGCCUUAGCACUGGAGCGACAUGCUCUCCAGGCCGCGUUAAGGAGGCAGGGUGCUGCGGUGCAGGCUUUGCGAUCCCGCUUCCCCGAGCUCAGGGAGCUGGUAGAGUCCCUUCACGAAUGCAGAUAUGCCGAUUUCAUGAAGAGCUUGGCUUGGGUGGAAACGCAAAUCUGCGUGGACCCAGUGUUCCGGCCCCACUACCAGCACUAUGUACGCGAGGCCCGCAUUAAGGCGUACGUGCAGCUGCUGCGCGCCUACCGCUCGCUUAGCUUGGACAACAUCGCUGCCACCUUCGGCGUCACGCGCGAGUUUGUCGAGGAGGAGAUCUCCAACUUCACCGCCGCCGGCCGCCUCCAAUGCCGCAUAGACGCGGUGGCCGGGUGCGUAGUGACCGGUGCUGGCCGCGGGGCUGACGCGGACCGCUCUCAGCUGUACCAGGCGACUAUACGCGAGGGCGAUCUGCUACUGAAUCGGGUCAAGAAACUGGCCAGCGUCAUCAACUUCUAGAGCCUAUGCGAGCCUGGUACUUGUCACUCGAUUCUUAGCAUAGCAAUGGUGUCGAUUCUGGCAUGAUUCUCUAAACUUAAACCAAAAUUUAAUAUCCGUAUGUCCUUUUCAUUCUGUAUAGAGAGUGACAAGGAUAUACUGUUGUCAAAU